AUGUUCUUUCCAAGCCAUUGUCCCUUCCCCUCCUCCACUCACGCCCUGGGCCGAAGCAUAGAUUGUAACUCACACUCACCCACCCCACCCCGCUCCCCUCGAAAAUUGGCCUUCAGGGAGGAAUUCAUGGCUUUCCCGGAUCUUUCUCCCCCACUCUUUGUUGAGGGGCGCUGCUUCCCCCUUCCUCACCGCCCCCGGGGCCCUGCCACCCCCGGACCCCGCACUCCCCGUGCCCGUCCAUGCAGAGGCCAGAAGCCGUCAGGGAAGGCUGGGGGGUCUCUGACGUCCUUCGUGGAGCUGGGACCCAGCCCGGGAGAUGAAGGCCCGGCCGUCUGCCCUCGUCAGCUGCUCACGCGGCCUCGCGGCUCAGGUUCUGAGGGGGCACAAGAAGGGCGGCAGGGUGCCCGCCCAGAUCUGCGGCUCCCCAAGUCCUUGGUGGUUAAGCCCGGGGAGAGGCCACUCGAGGACAUGCAGCCCACAGGAGCCCUCCGAAUCGCGCUCUCCCUGUCAUUGCUGUGGCUUCCCACUUGGAAGACGUUUGAAACAGGGCUCCGGCUCACUCAGCCCUGCAGUGCGUCGGGCCUAGUUUGGAAUCAGACAACUGGAGCGGAAAGAAUCUUCGAUCCGGACGCUUGGUGCUGGUGCUGCCACCCCCUCGGUUGUCCGCAGAGCGUGAGGGCUCUGGCUCGGCUCGCGGCCGCGUGUUCCCCCUUCCGGUCAGGACCACUGCAUGCUGACUUGGGGAUGCGCACCAGUGUGACGGAGUCGCCGUGUCCCAAGCUGAGCCCGGGCAUUUAUGACGACACCAGUGCUCGGAGGACUCCCGUGAGUUACCAGAACACCAUGUCCAGAGGCUCACCCAUGCUGAGCAGAGCUUCCGAUGUUACAAUUUCUUCUAGCAAGUCUACCAAUCAUGAAAGGAAAUCCACACUGACUCCUACCCAAAGGGAAAGUAUACCAGCGAAGUCUCCAGUGCCUGGGGUGGACCCUGUUGUGAGCCACAGCACAUUUGACCCCCAUCACAGGGGCAGCACCGCAGGAGAGGUCUACCAGAGCCAUCUGCCCACGCAUUUGGAUCCAGCCAUGCCGUUUCACAGGGCUCUGGACCCUGCUGCUGCUUACCUGUUUCAGAGACAGCUUUCACCAACUCCAGGCUACCCAAGUCAGUAUCAGCUGAAUGCAAUGGAGAAUACAAGACAGACAAUCUUAAAUGAUUACAUUACCUCACAGCAGAUGCAGGUGAACUUGCGCCCUGAUGUAGCCAGAGGACUCUCCCCAAGAGAACAGCCACUGGGUCUCCCAUACCCACCAACAAGAGGAAUCAUUGACCUGACCAAUAUGCCUCCAGCAAUUUUAGUGCCUCUCUCCGGGGGAACAAGCACUCCUCCCAUGGACAGAAUCACAUAUAUUCCUGUUACACAGAUUACUUUCCCUCCCAGGCCGUACAACCCUGCGUCUAUGUCUCCUGGACACCCAACACACCUUGCUGCAGCUGCAAGUGCUGAGCGGGAGCAGGAGGGGGAACGAGGGCGAGAGAGGGAGAGGGAGAGAAAGAGAGAGAGGGAGAAGGAGAAAGAGCGGGAACGGGAACGAGAGUGGGAGUGCAUCGCCGCAGCCUCCUCCGACCUCUACCUGCGUCCAGGCUCAGAGCAGCCCGGCCGGCCUGGCGGUCACGGAUACGCUCGCUCCCCGUCCGUAAGAGUUCAGGAGACCAUGUUGCAGCAGAGACCCAGUGUUUUCCAGGGAACCAAUAGAACCAGCGUAAUUACACCUUUGGACCCAUCUGCUCAGCUACGAAUCAUGCCACUGCCCGCUGGGGGCCCUUCCAUAAGCCAAGGCCUGCCAGCCUCCCGCUACAACACUGCUGCGGUCGCCCUGGCUGCUCUUGUGGACGCUGCAGCUUCUGCACCUCAGAUGGAUGUGUCCAAAACAAAAGAGAGUAAGCAUGAACCUGCCAGGUUAGGAGACAAUUUGAGAAGCAGGUCAGCAGCAGUUAGUGAGCAGCAGCAGCUAGAGCAGAAAAGCCUGGAGGUGGAGAAGAGAUCUGUUCAGUGUCUGUACACUUCUUCAGCCUUUCCAAGUGGCAAGCCCCAGCCUCACUCUUCAGUAGUUUAUUCUGAGGCUGGGAAAAAUAAAGGGCCUCCUUCAAAGUCCAGAUAUGAGGAAGAGCUCAGGACCAGAGGGAAGACCACCAUUACUGCAGCUAACUUCAUAGACGUGAUCAUCACCUGGCAAAUUGCCUCGGAAAAGGAUGCAAGGGAACGUGGCUCUCAAGGUUCAGACUCUUCCAGUAGCUUGUCUUCUCACAGGUAUGAAACAACUAGUGAUGCUAUUAAGGUCAUAAGUCCUGCCAGCUCACCUGCACUGCCCCAGGAAAAACUGCAGGCCUAUCAGCCAGAGAUUGUUAAGGCAAAUCAGGCCGAAAACGAUCCACGCAGACAGUAUGAAGGACCAUUACAUCACUAUCGACCACAGCAGGAGUCACCAUCUCCACAGCAGCAGCUGCCCCCUUCCUCACAGGCAGAGGGGAUGGGGCAAGUGCCCAGGACCCAUCGGCUCAUCACACUUGCCGAUCACAUCUGUCAAAUUAUCACACAGGAUUUUUCUAGAAAUCAAGUUCCCUCGCAGACUCCCCCGCAACCUCCCACUUCUACAUUCCAAAAUUCACCCUCUGCUUUGGUGUCAACACCUGUGAGGACUAAAACAUCAAGUCGUUACAGCCCUGAGUCCCAGUCUCAGUCUGUUCACCAUCAGAGACCAGGUUCCAGAGUUUCUCCAGAAAAUAUUGUGGACAAAUCCCAGGGAAGCAGGCCUGGAAAGUCCCCAGAGAGGAGUCACGUCUCUUCAGAGCCCUACGAGCCCAUCUCCCCACCCCAGGUUCCAGUUGUGCAUGAGAAGCAGGAAAGCAUGCUGCUCUUGUCUCAGCGGGGAGCUGAGCCUUCGGAGCAGAGGAGUGAUUCCCGCUCACCAGGCAGUAUUAGCUACUUGCCUUCAUUCUUCACCAAGCUUGAAAACACAUCACCCAUGGUUAAAUCAAAGAAGCAGGAGAUUUUUCGUAAGUUGAACUCCUCUGGUGGAGGUGACUCUGAUAUGGCAGCAGCUCAGCCAGGAACUGAGAUCUUUAAUCUGCCAGUGGUUACCACAUCAGGCUCAGUUAGCUCUCGAGGCCAUUCUUUUGCUGAUCCUGCCAGUAAUCUUGGUCUAGAAGACAUUAUCAGGAAGUCUCUCAUGGAGAGCUUUGAUGACAAAGUAAAGGAGCACAGAGUCGUCCUGUCGCAGACUGUGGGAGUAGUGCCUGGUGGCGCCAGCACGUCAGUUGUGACCAGUAGUGAGACACGGAAAGAGGAAGGGGACCCAUCACCUCAUUCAGGAGGUGUUUGCAAACCAAAGCUGAUUAGCAAGUCAAACAGUAGGAAAUCAAAAUCUCCCAUCCCUGGGCAAGCCUACCUGGGAAGUGAAUGGCCCUCUUCUGUCUCCUCUCUGUCUCCUGUGCAUUCCGAGGGGAACUACCACAGGCAGACGCCAGGGUGGGCCUGGGAAGACAGGCCAUCUUCAACAGACUCAACACAGUUCCCUUAAACCCCCCUGACACUGCGGAUGCUCAGCAGCAUGCCACCAACACCGAUCACAUGUGCCCCCUCUGCUGUGAACCAGGCAGCUCCUCACCAACAGAACAGGAUCUGGGAGCAAGAGCCCACCUGGCUGCUCUCAGCACAGUAUGAGACACUGUCGGACAGUGACAACUGA